AUGACUUCACCUGUGCUCAUUUUUAACAUUACACAGGAUUGGGCAGAGAGUAUGGAGCACUGGCAACUUCAACUGUUUUGCAUCCCCACUGUCGUCAUCACUUUCACCACCUUUAUUGCCAACCCUGUUCUCCUGGUGUGCAUUUUUCUGUCCCGUGCUUUGCGUAGGGAGACCCGCUACCUGCUCAUGGCCAACACCCUGGCUGCUGACAUGCUCUUCCUCAUCCUGAACUUGGUCACGUUGAUUGGUAAUGAUGUGGGAGCACAAAUGCCCUGGUCUGUUUGUGAGCUUUUCACGGCUCUCCUUGUCACAGCUUACAGUUGUGCUAUCCUCACUGUGACUCUCAUGGUGGUUGACACCUUCGCUGCCGUCCGCUGGCCUCUCCAUUACCAUAACCUUCUUUCACCGGUCCAGACCUACAGCAUACUGGCGGUGGCAUGGAUUCUAUGCGCCAUAUACCCUUUCACUUUGAUGAUAAUGAUGAUAAUGAAGGAUGAGAUUCCUCAUGAGAAAGUGCCCACGUGUCUGGUCCUCAUCUCCCUUGGUUUAUUUCAGGUCAAGAGCAUUGGGGGGAUUCCCAUGUACUUCUUUGUAGCAGCCUUGGUCUGCACCUUUCUGAUUUUGUACUGCUACAUCCGCCUAUAUAUGGUGACAAGGAAGCAGGGAAUCUGGCACAACCGCUUCUCUAGGGCUCGGGUCACAGUGCUGGUCCAUGGGGUUAUGCUCUUGCUCUACUUUGGCCCUGGCUUUGUUUUUAUCCUGGAGCUCUACAUCUUUCAGAAGAAAAGCAUAAGUCAGGAUGUUCGGGUGUGGAUCAACACGAUCAAUACUAAUGUUUUCAUGCUGCUGCCUCGGGCAUUUGCUCCUUACCUAUAUGGGCUAAGGUACCGGGAGAUUGCUGAAAGUCUCACGCUUCUGCUGCACUGGCGCAGAAGAGACAGAUAA